UUGCAUAGAGGGAGCGAGUUCAGUUCAGGCGCAAAGAUCCUCGGUUAAGGACGCGUCGGUCCUGCUAAUCGGGACACUAUGCCAGGCGGCGAGGGGUCCCCGAUCAAUCUCCUCGACCACCGUGCAUCGACCACGUCCGGCGAGUGCGCGAACAGUGACGAAGAUGAGAGGACAACGGACACCGUUUCUAGCACGAUGACGACCGCCCUCGCGGGCGACGGGCUCAGACGGAGGAAGGUCAUACACGCGGCCAAAGAAACCCUCGACAAGGCGUCCCGUCUUCUUAGACAGAAGAUACCAUGCACCGGCCACUUGAUGACCCCCCGCCGCCUUUGGAUACAAAAGGUACCAACUCAGGAAUGCGACGUCGUGGUGAUGUUCCCAAGUGGAGCGAGCGACGAGACUCUGAUGUGGCUCCUAGGUCGUCUACGGGCUGGGACCCCGGGCCUAGUGGUACACGUGCGGCACCAUGCCUCAUCAGAUAGUUACGGGUUUUACUUAACAGCCCCCUUUAGCGUAUUGUUAAAAGCCGCCGAAGAGGUACAUUUGCCAAAGACGUUGCGCCAGGAGUUCGGCGGCGGUUUGAAAGAGUUCGUAGGUUCCGAGGCGAGCUGCUUCGAGGGUCACGACGACGAGGCUCAAUUCUUCACCACACAGGAGAGGCAAUCCCUGGUCCUGCACCUGCUGCACACCCUCAGAGCGGGGCCACAGGAUCUGCACAGUCUGGCGGGUCUGAAAAUGGUGGAAGGACAAGCAAUUAUUCCAAAGUGCAUUUCUUCUGGGAUCAUUUCCCAGGUCUUCCCUCUUCACGAAUUGCCUGCGUUGGAGAAGCUGCAACACACGUGGGUCCGCGCGUUUCUCAGCCCCCAACCGUUGGACGACAUUUGUAAAUACUUCGGGGUAAAGAUUACCAUGUACUUCGCGUGGCUCGGACAUUACACCACCGCCCUGAUCGUUCCAGCUGCAGUGGGUGCCAUAUAUUGGAUCGGCAUCAUCGGUAGGAAUCAAGCGGUGGAAGACGUGGCGUACGUUCUGUUCUCCGUCUUCAACGUAAUCUGGGCCACCGUUUAUCUGGAGACCUGGAAAAGAAGAGGCGCCGAACUGGCCUACAGGUGGGGCACCCUGGAUCAAAGAGACGACCUACUUAUCGAGCCUAGGCCCUUGUUCACGUUGCUCCAACGUCAGGAGUGGACCCAGACGGCUUGCUUACGGGGGGGACAAUGUGUGGAAGGCACCCUGGAAAUCUCAUCCGUAACGGGGAGACUGGAGCCAACGUACCCCAGGUGGAAGAGAAACAUGUUUCGUUACUUCGUGACCGUUCCCAUCAUCGCAGCGUGCUUGUUCUUCGUUUUCAUCGUGAUGAUCCUGAGCUUCCAAAUACAGGACUGGUGGGACGCUGGUCUGGAGUCGGGAGGGUACGGUUUCUGGCUGAGUUAUAUGCCAAAAAUUCUACUCGCCGUGGUGAUAGCUUUAAUGGACGAGGCUUACUUUAAGGUCGCCGUAUGGUUGAACGACAUGGAAAACUAUCGGCUAGACACCGAGUACGAGAAUCAUCUGAUCUACAAGGUGGCACUGUUUCAGUUUGUAAACUCCUUCCUAUCGCUAUUUUACAUCGCCUUCUACCUACAAGAUCAAGAGAGACUAAAAGAGCAACUAGCCGCCCUGCUGAUCGCCCGUCAGGUGAUCGACAACCUAAAGGAGUCCGCUGUGCCGUAUUUGAUCAAGCAGUUGCAUUUGGCGCGGUUGAGCUUCAAGCUCUUCGGCGCCCUGAGCCCUAGCGAGGCCAGGCCGCCACCUGGCGAGGAGAACGACGAGAACCGGAAGGAAACGGACGAGAAGGGCGAACGAACGGACCCGGGGAAGGGCAAGCAGCCGAGGAACGUCAGCCAGGCUGAGCUGGAGAGUUCCCUCUACAGAGUAGGGCAUCCCACUAAUUCUCUACUUAGUGACGUUACGUUCAAGUACGACGGGGCGUUUUCAGAGCAUCUGGAAAUGCUAUCGCAACUGGGAUACGUCUGCCUGUUCUCAUCGGCGUUCCCAUUGGCCGCCAUGGCCGCGCUGCUCGGGAACCUCCUCGAGCUUCGCGGGGACGCUUUCAAGCUCUGCUUCGUCCUCCAGCGGCCAUUCGGUCGCAGGGUCUCGAACAUCGGGACUUGGCAGAACGCUAUGGAAGCGAUGGGACUGGUCGCGAUCCUGGUGAAUUGUGCCCUGAUCGGGCUGAGCGGCCAGGUGCAGAGAAUGUUCCCCGAGAUGUCCGCCACGCAGACGAUUCUCCUGAUAGUCGCCCUGGAGCACAUCAUGUUCGCGAUCAGGUUCAUCAUAAUAUGCGCGAUCCCAGACAUCCCGCACUGGGUGGCCACCGAAAUGGCCAAGGUGGAAUUCUUGAGGAGGGAGGCGGUCAGACGACUGUCCUCCACUCCGUCGCCGGAGCAACAACCAGCCACAGUGAUAGGGAGAUUCGUGGUGAGUCCAGCAGACGGUGAAAGCGAAGAGCAACAACUGCUCUCCGAUCGUUCCGGUGAGACGACGUCGCCCAGCCUCCCGGACACGCCGACCCUGUCGAGCACCCAGACGCCGAACGGACCGCCGACGCCCAGCGUCACGCCCGUGCCAAGAAUAUCGGAAACGCCGUCCGCGGCCCAGACGCCUGGCAGUGCGUCCAGCAGCGACAUAGGUACUCCUUUCCUGACUGAAAAUAACAUGGGCAGCAUUCGCGACCUUCACAAUUCACCCAGAUGCUCCAUUCCUGGCGGAGAACGAGGAAGACGAUCCAGAGAGUGGUUGACGAGCGAACCGGAGGCGUCUGGCGGUGCAGAUCAUUACAGUCAUCAUCUGACGAUCGGGCCUCACGGAGGCGUGGACUGGGUCCGACGGUUGGGCCUGGAGUCCGGGGGUCGAAAGUCCAGCGACUCGGAGAUCAGCGGAGCUGGUAGCGUCGUCGGAAGCGGAGACGAAGCGAUUCAUCUUCACCGAUCCACCGAUUGCAUCGUCUCGAAAGAUCUUGCUUCCUCGUCGGACAGCGACCUCCUCAGAUCGGCCCCGCCGUGGACGAUGGCGCACAGGAACCAAAAGUUCCGGUUCUCGCCGGAGAGGGAAAGAGAGCGGGAGAAAACGGAGAAACAACAGUAUCAGCACCAUCAACGAGAGAUCUACGAUCACAGACAGCAGCAGCUGGCCUAUCACGCGGAGAAGGAGAGGGAAUCGGGUCUGUCGGACUCGAGCAAAACUAUUUCCAGCCAAGAGGAGGAGAAACCGAACAAGGAGGAUCGCGAGGCGAAGAAGACAAGGGUGAAACAGAGCCUGAUGAAGAGGGCGAGGACCGUGGCGAUCUUCUCGUUGAAGCUGAAGGAACGCAGAGCGAGGGAGAUGGCUCUGAAGGCGAAAGAGGCGGAGAAGGAAGCCAGGUGGCAGCAACCGCAGUCGUGCGUCGGUGGGGAGCUGUCGUGCAUCCCCAUAGAGAAGCUUAUAUCCGUGGACGACAUCGCAGCCAUGGAACUACGCAGACUUAAUCAUUAGCCGCUUGACGUUUUCACAAUUUCGUUUCACACGCUACGUAGAAACAUUCGUCUACGCCGGUGAUACUCGCUACGAAACGAAUGUCGUCUUUCGGAUCAUUGCUCGACAACGCGGCAAACAAAAUCGACGACAGAUUUAGGGAAAGAACGAGCGGGGGUGGUCGCCCCCCUCCCGUCUAUCGGUUCGUUUAUUAUUUCGCGCGAUAAGACGAAGUAACGCAUUAGGGAUUACUUCUUUUAUUACAUUUUUUAACGAGAACUUUUUUUUAAGAUAUUCCCGUGUCUGUUUUUUCACUCCCCCUGACCCCUUCCC